CUCUUUCUCUUUCCAUUUAAUUUCUCUGUCACUUCCGUUUCAUUCCCAAUUGUUGCGAGAGAUUAUGAUGCAGUACUUUGUCGGAAUUGAUAUGCCAGGCUCUUGCUAAGUAUUUAAAAAGAAGAAGAAAAAAAAACACAUAUUGGUUCAGUGGGUACAACCUAAGUAUCAGCAUCAAGUAAAAUCAGAUUAAAUUUACCCACGAAGUUUGAUCAUGUUGAUUGAAAAAGGUAUUCAAAGCACUAUUUUUUGUUAUCACCAUGAAUAAGAAAAAUAAUUUUUAUGAAAUGCACACCUGUUUUUCCGAAUAUAUAAAAACCAAAUUGUAUUUACGUCACGAUAUAAUUACUUCUCCUAAUUAAGUAACACCAUAAGUGCAAUAAUGAUAUCCUUUCUUCCUACCAUCAUCUUUGUUUUUCUUUAUACGUAGAUUCUAGUCAUCCUAAAUUUCACAUUGUUGUCGCGGGAGACGAGGAAUAUUCGCCCCUGCCUAAAACUCACAAUAAUGUAACGAAUGAAGUCAUAAUGUAUACUGAAUGGGGUUCAUGGAGUUCCUGUAACCACUGUGGAGAACCAGGAGAACGAGUUAAAAUGGGUAUAUGCUACGCCCGUACCAGACUAGAUGAGUUUCGUGGUGGUGUUCCUUGUCGUUCUAACGCAGUGCCCUACAAAGAGAGGUCUAAAUACAGCUAUGAUAAACGAAAAGAUGAGAAGGAGAUUGGAACUUGCAAUGCAAAAUGUCCUCCCAAACCUAAGGCGACUGGUAAAAAGGCGAUCGUAAAGACCUUUGCCUUAUCUGCGGGUAUUCCGACACUGCCUAAACUAGUUAAGCGAAGGGUGUAUUAUGAGGAUGUUGGUAACAACGCUGAACUUGUUUGCCCCGAAGCUGGAGUAACUCACGGCGUACGUUGGAUGAAUGGUUCUAAAACUCUGAGACAAAUGGAGUUUAUAAAGGCAAACAGCCGGUUUCGAAUCGACCAUCUGAACAGACUGUACAUCGAAAAUGUUCAGUUUUAUGAUUCAAGGAACUAUACGUGCUGGUUUGAAAACAAACAGAUAGCUGUUGUUAUAAUAAAAGUUGUCGAAGCCCCAAGUAUUGAUGAAGACAUGGAAGGCAACGCUAUGUACGUGGGGAUGGUACUAGUGUUUCUUGUCUUUUUCUACAUUGUUUUGGGGGUCUGCAAGAAUCGUAAACUUCAAACUAUUCAGUGAAAUUCAGUGAAACCAAGGCGACUGCAUUAAUGAAGUGAUUUCGACCAAAAUCAUCCUGUGCAGACCAUCAAGGAGCGACAUAGUGCCGUUUUUUCUCUUCCUGUAAGACGCUACUCGGGACGAAAUUCUCUCAUGAAACUCCAAAGUGCUAAUUUAGAUACAUUAACACGAGUUAGGCGUCACUUAUGUCUGUAAACCUCAAUUUAAAGAAGAACUGGAUUGGGAG